AUGGCGGCCGCAGCCCACGCGCAACCGGCGCAGAGCGUCUUUCCCAAGAGCCACGUCGGCUUCGACAGCAUCACCACCCAGAUCGAGAAGAAGCUGCUGAAGCGCGGCUUUCAAUUCAAUGUCAUCUGUGUUGGACAAACCGGCCUCGGCAAGUCUACGCUCAUUAACACCAUCUUCGCCUCGCAUCUUGUCGACAGCAAGGGGCGUCUGACUCCCACCGAGCCCAUUCGCAGCACCACCGAGAUCCACCCCGUCACACACAUUAUCGAGGAGAACGGCGUGCGUCUGCGCCUGAACAUUGUCGAUACUCCUGGAUACGGGGACCUGGUCAACAACGACCGCUGCUGGGACCCCAUUGUCAAGUACAUCAAAGACCAGCACAGUGCCUAUCUCCGCAAGGAGCUUACCGCUCAGCGUGAGCGCUACAUCCAGGACACCCGCAUUCACUGCUGCUUGUACUUCAUCACACCAACCGGUCACGCCCUGAAGCCAAUUGACAUUGUUGUGCUGAAGAAGCUGAGCGAGACGGUCAAUGUCGUUCCCGUCAUUGCCAAGGCUGAUAGUCUCACCUUGGAGGAGAGACAGAUUUUCAAGGACCGCAUCAAGGAGGAAUUUGCCUUCCACAACAUCCGCAUGUACCCCUACGAGAACGAGGAGUAUGACAGUGAAGAGGUUGCCAUGAACUCGCAGAUCAAGUCUAUCAUUCCCUUCGCUGUUGUUGGAAGUGAGCGCAACAUCAACGUGAACGGCAAGACCGUUCGCGGCCGCCAGAACCGCUGGGGAACGAUCAAUGUCGAGGACGAGAAGCACUGCGAAUUCGUCUACCUCCGUGACUUCCUCACGCGCACCCACCUUCAGGACUUGAUCGACACCACCUCCCAAAUCCACUACGAGUCGUUCCGUGCCAAGCAACUUUUGGCCCUCAAGGAAAGCUCCGCUCAAGUACACGGCGGUGGCGGCGGAUCUCGCCCAAUCUCCCCAUCUGCCGACCGCGAGCUUAGCAGGCAGAGCCAGCGCAUGACCAUGAACGGGUACUAA